GCAUUGUGAUUGGGUUGUGUGACCAUAAUGUUGACAUUACAGGAGACGUGAACAGAGUGUUUGUAGAACGAAGAGUGGCUGAACGAUUCUGCCAGGACAGACCAAAUUAACAGUAAUAACACUUGCUUUAGUUUCUUAUGGUAUUCAGAGAACUGAAGCAAGAAUUACAGGUGACUGAAUCUUGAGGCACUUUACUUUGUCGGUUAUUGAUUCUCAAGUAUUGUAUUGACUUCCUUCAAAUGACUGGCAUGGCACGGAAUCUCGUCUCCAAGUUGUUUCGACUCCCUGUGUUCACGCAACGUGUAAGUUUUGUUUAUGUCAACUCUCUGUUCGACCUUAAAUGAACUCCUGUAUCUCACUGACCGCUUUGCAUCUCCUGUCCUCUGUCCAGACGCCUCUCAGGUCGGGCUGCUGGUUGGUUACGGGGGUGCGGCAGUUCUCCAGUGAGCCACCACAGGAGAAAAUCAGCAGAUAUCCUGUUCCUUACAAGAAAGAGCUUCCCUAUGAUAUAGUGGAGCUUGUGGAUGAAGUUGAGUCGAAGGUGAGGAAAUCUUCAACGUCUGAAGUGUCAAAUCCUCUCGUAUACUUAACAGUAAAGUGGUUUUAACACCUGCCAAACUUCAUGUUUUCGCACAGGGUGGAUUCUUGCCGAACGUCUUCAAAGUCCUCUCUCACAGACCAGCAGAGUUCAGAGCCUUCUUCUCUUACUACAAUGAACUCAUGAACAAAGAGACAGGUGCGUGUUUGUGUUUACUUGUGACCUCAAUGUGUGUAAGUCAAAGAUUAUCAGACAGGAACCUCUAUUAUGCUGAGAUGUAAAUCCUGUAGGGGAGAGUGGGGUAAAUUGAGUCACCCCCUGCUGCUUGGAAAUGGUGAAAGAAAUUGAUCAUGUGACCAAAUAUUUAGGAGAUGGGCAUCAAUUCAUGAAGUCUGUGAAGGUUAGAAGCACAUGGGUGAAGAGGUUAGACAUUUAUUUACCAAAAAAAAACGUUUUCCCCUCUUGAAAGAGAAUUUAGUCUGUCAUAAGUUUUAUUAGAAUUGUGUUCAAACCAAAAAGAUCAUUUUGAAUUUGUUUUAUACAAUAAUUGUGGGCUCUAUGAGCUACAACAUGAGGUCAAAACCAAGCAUGAAGGUCCACCAUUUUAACUUAGAGGACUAAUGAAGUCAUAAUAGUAGUUCUGGGGUAAGUUGAGCCAGUGGUUCAACUGAGAAAGUAAAGAAGUCUGAUGAGUGGAUCAGUUGGGAGGAUCAUGGUGGCAGUUGGGUCAUGGCUGUGGCUAAAGCUGUGGUAAACACAGUCUGGUAGAAACAGGUUAAAUAAAAGAUGGUUAGGAGGGGGAAGACAGGUUUAAUUCAGUUUGGCAAAAAUAGUAAUUCUGAAUCCAUGUGUGAGGUGGAAACCCAAAAUGGUUUGGUUUAGACUUGUUGCAUAAGGUCCUAAACUUGACCUGAACAUUGCUCAAUUUUUGCAGUUAAACUGAAACCUUCAUAUAACUUUGACUUACUGACCUGUGAGGAUUGUGAACCUGAGGCUAUUACCAGUUAAUGCACUCUGACUUGGGGAAAAAGAUGAUACACUCAGAUGAUAUGUUGGAGCUUUUCAACCCUUGCAUGGUCAGAGCCUCUAAUGAGAAGACAUUUAGAUACUCAGAUAAAAGUGAGCCUGGAUCUGGUCUGCUUCACUUAAACUAUUUACUUUACAAAACCAAACUCUGUUAAAACUCAACUGUGGUUACUGGAUCACCUCAAUAUGGUUAAUUGUUAAGUACAUUUUGUUUCACCUCACUUUCAAUGAAGAGUGUAAAAGUAUUCAAUGAUUUAUUUUCUGUCUUCUAGGAAAUUUAACCAAAGCAGACAAAGAGCUGAUCGUAGUGGCUACCAGUACUCACAACAAAUGUCUGUACUGUGUGGUGGCCCACGGUGCACUUCACCGUAUCUACUCAAAGAAACCCACUCUGUCAGAUCAGGUAUCAUUUUUCUUCCAAUUAAACGUUGAAUCAGUCAUGUUUCCCACUCUGACCAGCUUCCCUCCCACCUUCCUCCAGGUUGUUGUAAACUAUGAGAAUGCAGAUCUGUCUCCCCGAGAACAUGCCAUGCUGGACUUUGCGAUGGCCGUGUGUCGUUGUGACACCAUCACAGAGCAGCAUUUCAAACCUUUGGAGGAGGUAGGCUUUGACCGCGAAGAUGCCUGGGAUAUUGCUGCCAUAGCUGCUUUCUUUGCCUUGUCUAACCGGCUCGCACACCUCACUGACAUGAGGCCAAACUUAGAGUUUUAUAACAUGGGCAGGGUGCCACGGGACAAGAGUAAAGACAGCAAACAGGAAAAGAAGGAAUAGUUUAAUGGUAGAAAUCAUCUGAUGUCAAAUGCCAAGUAUGACUCACAUUAUGUGCACACUACUGCUGAAAGUAUGGAGCCCCUGUUAUAUUCAGGGUUUACUUUUAUGAGUCAAAUGAUCAAAAGAAGAAUACAAGGGCCAGGGAUGAGGAUAGAGUGGGAGGAGGGGAUUUUUUUCCGUCAUGCACGUCAAGCAAAUCUUACCCCAAAAUCAUUCAGUUUGUCCUGUUAGCAAGUUGAGGGUAAAGUCAAAUGACAGCAUUCAUUGUUGUGUUUGUAAUAGGAAAUUUUUUAUUCAAGCAAGCAAUCCAGUUUGCACACAGAACCCAAGAGUGAGAUUGUUAUUAAGUUCUCAAAGUUUUCCUCAUAAUGCUGUAAAUACGCCACAUAUACAUUACUUUUGGAGAUGAGGAAUAUGCAUAACAAAGAGUCUGAGAUUGUAAGCUGUUUGCAUUUGUGUACAUUUUGUUUUGUUGAUAAAUCUUCAUCAUUAAAAAAAUUAACAUUAUUUUGUCUGCUUUUUCAUCACAUUCUACACUUGAGGUAGUUAUUUUGAUUGAGUAUUUUGUGACAGUUUAAAGUGAAAGACAAACAUAGUAGCUUCGCAUCAUAGAGGCUGAUGUGUUUUGUUUUCACUGGACUCAAGCCACACGGAGGGAAAAAGUCUGUUUGCAGCUAGAAUGCUUUGACAUUUAAUUACACAUUUAAAAGCCGUCAUAACAUCAGUUAGUCCUGGUAUUUUGGGCUGGAUGCUUGAAACUUGAAAUCUGACACUUCUCAUCUGCCAGUUGAAAAUACACUUUCUGUCAUAUUGUGCAUGGUUUCCGCUAUUCAAAGAAUCUGGUAUUUUUUAUAGAAAUAUUCUCUUGUUCUCUAGUUUGACAAUAAAAGCUGCAUCUUUUCUUAUUGUG